UGUUUUUUAUUUAUUUACCUCCUACCAAAAAACUGCGCGAUUUUUUUCUUAAAUUACCAACAAGCGCCUUGACAAUAACUGUAUGUAAUUGCAUCUGUAUUACAUGUAUGAAGUCAACAAAUAGUUGCCUAUUAUUAUCCCGAAGCUAGGCAAAAACUUCGUUAGGGCUAAUUAGUUGAUAACAUAUUAUUUUAUUUAUCUCAGAAAUAGAAAUCUGAAACCCUGUACCCACGAAUUACCUCAAUAAACCACAGAUUUGAAAUGGGAUAUUCCGAACAUUAUUAAAUGCUGGUACAUUUCUGGUACGUUUUAGGUAUAAUUUAUUCAUUCACAAUAAACAGUUCCUUUUGUAUUUCAACACGUGCAUCGACACUGGAUAUCUCCUAGGUACGCUAGAGACCUUGUAGGACUGAACUUUGGAAGCGAUGGGCAUUCAGUACCUGAAUGGUCACCUGCUUGACCCUUUAUUUAACAUGUACUUUACAUUUUAUAUAUUAAAUUUAUACCUCGUUAUGUUUGCGUGUCGCUGUUGUUUUUUUACACGUUACACAUUUAGAUAUCUGGUUAACAAGCAUAAUGUUAGCAUAAGGUUAAGGGUGGGUGACUGUGGGAAGUGUGGUUGGUAAUCUUGGCAUUCAAGGAGUGAUAUUUAGUAUCAAUGAUUUUGUAUGUUAAUUAUUCACAAUUCAUUUUAUUUUCCUUAGUUUUAAGUGUAUAAAAAAAUGAUACGCGUUGAGCAGGGAGGUGUCUCUAGCAGCAGAUAGUUGGUCAAUUGCGUUCCCGUUUGUUAUCCGACGAUAGACGGAGACGGAGAAGCUCUCCAGUGAGCGCUUCGCACCCUUAGCUUUCCUCAGCACCAAGGACGCCCUGAAGAAUCCACCAAAUAAUUUUUCCUCCUGUAACUUGAAGAACUCUUAACAGGAUUUUCUAAUUUAUUUUUGGAUACCAUUUUCUAAACGAAGAAAAUAAUAUAAAUGACACCACAUGAUAGCACUAGUUUGUCAAAUCAGCAAUAAGAAGCAAACGACAUUUUAGAAUACAUGAAUAAAAUUAACAGAGGCGCUUCAUGAAAACAUUACAUACAGUGUAACAGUAAAGUAUUGCGUUACGCUGCAAAACAAUGACUAGAUUCACGCGCAAGUGACGUAAUAUCGUAAAAAAUAAAUAACGAAUUCUUCAUUAGUCCCCCAAUCGUGCAUAGCAGUGAAAUUAAUUAUUAAAUAAUGUCGGUCAUCUUGGGAGGAGCAGUGAAAUUAUAUUACUACUUAAAUGAAGAUAUUGCAGAUCCCAGGACACAAGACUGGUCCCUAAUCAGGACACCAUGGCCUGGUCUGGCGAUAAUGUGCUUCUAUCUGGCGCUGGUCCACAAGUGGCUCCCAGCCUACAUGAGCACGCGGCCAGCCUACAACCUACGAACAACUAUAGCGGCAUAUAACGCUAUACAGAUCGUCGGCUGUGUGUAUAUUACUUAUAAAAGUUUAUCACUAGGAUGGCUGAAUCAUUACUCACUGGUAUGCCAAGGUCCAGACGACGGACCGAACGGGGUGGAAUACGCUUGGAACGUUUGCUAUGGGUACUUUGUCAUGAAACUAGCUGAUCUCCUAGAUACGGUGUUCUUCGUUUUAAGAAAAAAGCAAAAUCAAGUGACGUUCUUACAUGUUUAUCAUCACUUCGGGAUGGUAGCAGUGGCGUGGGGUAUGGUCAAGUGGGUGCCAGGUGGCCACAUAACAAUGUUGGUGACAUUGAACUGUAUCGUCCACACCAUUAUGUACAGCUACUACUUGCUGACAAUCUGGGAUGAGUCCUACAAACAGUCCGUUUGGUGGAAGAAAUACGUUACACAAGUGCAAAUUUUGCAGUUUACCCUACUGCUAGUCCACUUCGUGGCGCUGGCGGUGACCCGCGAGUGCAACUUCCCCCGAGAGCCAGCCUACAUACUCAUCCCACAGAACCUGUUCAUGGUCAUACUGUUCUCCGAUUUCUACUAUAGAUCUUAUAUCAAGGCUAAGAAAGUUUAAUAUUAAAUGUAUAAUGGAUAAAAAGAGUUGUUUUAUUUGAAAGUUUUGUCGCAAGCGCUUAGGGUUGAGGUAACCUGAUCCCAAGUAUGCAACGUAUGGUAUAAAAGAUGAUAAUAAUAUCAGGGAAGCAAUUAAGCUAUUUACGAUAGCCGAUGAAUGAAUGGAUAUUCGACUGCAUAGAGCCGACUGGUUGAGGUCACCACGCCAAACCCACUGUGCGCGUGUCGCUGGUUCGAUCCCCGUGUAGGACCAGCAUUUGUGUGUACCACGAAGUUCCUAUUCUGCAUCUGGGUGUUGUUGUGCACGUGAUUUGAAUGUUUGUGAAACCCGCCGGGACACAAGGAUUAA